AUGAGGCAUCCCCUUGUGUGUCUACUACUUUUGAUGUCAACCUUUUGGAGCAGAUCGCUCGGUCUGGAUACGAAUUACUGGAACACAUUGUAUUCAUUAUCUGAAGGAAAAAUAUACGUCCAUCUAAAUAAUAACGAUGUCAUUAAAUUAAACUUCUCUAUAACAGGCUUUAGCGGAUCGUCACAAAGCGGUAAUGAACAUACAAAUCUAAUUGAUAAUCAAAUAGUAACCACAAUAAAAUCACCGCCAUUAGGAUCUACACUUUUCCUUGUUGAUGAGGUCUUAUAUGGAUUGAAUUCUCAGUCAAAUUCAAGCAGUUCAAAAGACUUGUGUGGAACUGGAGCUUUGAAAGUCGUCAAGUACAAUGACAGAGACAACAAAUGGACGGAAUAUACUGACGAAUUAAACUUUGAUGAGAUUGAAGAUACCUCAUUCUAUGCUUAUCCAACAAUAUUAACCUCACCGGUAUCUGAUGAGGUUUUCAUUUAUGGAGGGCUAUGUGGUAAAUCAAAUGAGGCUUCAAGUAGAUUGCUUUCUUUUGAUCCAAAGAAAUUGAAAUUUUCAAACGUAUCGACUGCAACCAAACCACAGCCAUUCUAUGGAGCUGCAAACGUAAUUGCACCAUCACCUCAAAAGCAAUUAGUAGUGGGGGGCCAGAGCAAUGGGGGCUGGUUGAGCAUGAAUCAGUUAGCUACAUGGGAUUUCAGUGCAGGAUGGUCUUUUGAACAAGUUCCUCCAAAUGCAAAGGUAGAAGUUUAUUCGAGGAAAUUCGCCUUGGCUUUACCUGUUUUUGAGCCAUUAGCAAAUGAUUCUGAAGAGGCGAUUUCGGACUACUACAAAGCUAAAGAAAUUGUUUUAGUGGGAGGAGAAGUCCUGAAAGAUAAUCCUUCUAACUUGUAUGCCAGAUUGUCGGUAAACACUAAUAGUUGGUCCUGGAGCUUGAUAAAUGCAACCAAUGUUGAUUACAGUCAGAUCGCUGGAGCUGCCACAAUUUUUGAAACACUUGUCAUUAUAAACUCCUCAACCACUAAGCAGAGAAGGCUGUCCAGCUCAUCUCAGUACGCCAUCAACUUAUACGAUGUUUCCACUUUCGAAAGUGUCUCGAGCUUGAAGGAUAAUACUAAGGAAAAGUCCUCUAAAUCUUCCUCCGACUUAAGCUUGAAAGGAAAAGCUAUUUUAGGAACAGUGCUACCAAUUUCGAUUAUAGCUCUCGUUUUAGGGGUUAGCUUCUUUUUCUUAAAGAAGCGUCGCGAUCGUCAGCGACAAGAAGCGGAAGAAAAUGACUACCAGAUUGGAAACUUCUAUGACCAAGAGUCCCGGGAACAUAAAGGGCCUCUAAUCACAAAGCCUGGAUUUCUGGACAGCAAUUCUACUAUUGAUGUUGCGUCUAUUGAUUCUUGGGUGCGAAAGAGACAGGAAUUUGAUCUGCAAAGAGGCAUGACCAGGAGAGAUAGCUAUUUUCAAUCAAACGAAACGCUAAAUCAUAUACCCAGUGACCACAGCGAAUCUGAUCAUGUUUACGAUCUUCCAGAACUACAGACCACGCAAGUACGCCCUGCGCUAUCUCUGAUACAAAGUUCCAACAAAUCCUUAUCAAAACUAAGAAAAUCAAUCUCAUUUACUGGUGCCUCUUUAUCUUCCCCUGCUAUAAUGAAAAAUAGCGCUGAUUAUGUCCCAUUGAAGAAAAAAUUAAGUAAUAUCAAUACGAUACAGUCUCUGGUUCAACAAGCGAACCUUGAUUUCGGUGAUUUCACAGAAGAACCUAACAAGAAAUCGGAUAUAACUAAAAAAAUUGACAAAGCUCACGGCCAUUCAGAGUCUGAAUCAUCCUUGGAUGACAAUUUGGAUGUACAAGUGCUAGUUAGCUCGAAGCGCCGAUCGGCCCUUCGUAUUGUUAAUCCUGACUUAGAUACUGUUGAAGAUCAAGACUCUACCUUCGAGAAUGUAGAUAUCGAAAAGGGAGAACCAAGUUCUAAUAUCAGGCAAAGAGUACCAUCUAAUGAAGAGUAUGAAGAGUAA